UCAUGUUCAUCGUAUAAUGCUGCAGACCGUAAAAUAUUUUCAGCGCUAAUUAUAGAACAUUGCAUAUGAAAUGCGCAAAUUAUUGCUUAUUUUUUAACAUAAUCUGCCAACAUUUGAAAUUUACGUAAUUUCCUUGCACCAUUUCAGUAGCUACGUCAAUAUGCGUUUGGCGAUUUUUCUAUUAAUAUUUUGCAUAUUCGAGUAUGCACUCGCCGUGGAUCACACAAAUUUCAAGACAUGUGACCAGAGCAGUUUUUGCAGGCGCUGUCGCAAAGUAAAACCAGAUAAUAGCAAGUUUGCUUUGGUUCCUGGCACACUCAAUACAUAUUCAGAUUCGAUAACUGCAGAUCUGAUACAUAAGGACAACAAACAUCUGUUCAGCUUGAAGUUGGAAGCUUUAGAGCAGAGCAACACAUUCCGUUUGCUGGUCGAUGAAAAAACUCCUUUGAAGCCACGCUACAAAGUACAAGAUGCGCUAAAAGCACCACCGAAACCUGGAAGCAUUAAAGUGCAUGAGGGUGAUACCGAAUUGACAAUUACCUCGGGUCCAAAUAAGGCUGUGGUCAUCGCCGAUCCAUUCCGUGUUGAUUUCUAUCAAAAUGACGUUUUUACCGUUUCGGUCAAUGCGAAAGGUCUCAUGACUAUGGAAUAUUUGCGUCCAAAACCACAGCAGCCUGCUGACGGUGAGAAUGCGGAAAAUGCUGCUGCUGUCAAUGAGGUGCAAGAAGCUGAUGAAAUCGAUGAUCCUGGUGCAUGGGAGGAGAAUUUCAAAUCGCAUCAUGAUUCAAAACCAUACGGCCCUGAGGCGGUUGCACUCGAUUUCUCUUUCCCCGAAGCUGAGGUGCUAUUCGGCAUACCCGAACAUGCAGAUUCAUUUGCGCUAAAAUCUACCUCAGGUUCCGAUCCUUACCGUUUGUAUAAUGUGGAUGUGUUUGAGUAUAUCGUCGAUAGUAAGAUGGCGCUUUACGGUACGGUACCUGUACUCUAUGGCCACGGUGCUCAACGCACUGCUGGUGUCUUCUGGCAGAAUGCGGCCGAAACGUGGGUGGAUAUCUACACUGCGGAACGGAAUGUUGUGUCUUCUAUUGUGAAUUUCGUCUCGGGUUCGCGCAAGUCUGAUCCACCAGCCGCCCAUUUCAUGUCCGAGUCGGGUAUUAUUGAUGUUUUCAUAUUCUUGGGUCCCACUCCACUCGAAGUAUUCCAGCAAUACACCGCGCUCACUGGUACAGCUCCUUUGCCGCAAAUGUUUGCACUCGGCUAUCACCAAUCGCGCUGGAACUACAAUGAUGAACGUGAUGUGGAAGAGGUUUCGGCCAAAUUCGACGAGUAUGACAUUCCCAUGGACACAAUGUGGCUGGAUAUUGAAUACACGGAUGGCAAGAAAUACUUCACUUGGGAUCAAUUCAAAUUUCCCAAUCCGCUGGGCAUGAUUAAGAACUUGACGGAUUUGGGUCGCCAUCUGGUGAUUAUCAUUGAUCCGCACAUUAAACGCGACAGCGGCUAUUUCUUCCACAACGAUUGCACCGAACGCGGCUACUAUACAAAGAAUCGCGAUGGAAGUGACUAUGAAGGUUGGUGUUGGCCUGGCUCAGCAAGCUAUCCCGAUUUCUUCAAUCCCGAGGUGCGCGCCUACUAUGCUAGUCAAUAUGCGCUAUCCAAUUUCAAAACGGUCACUGCCGAUGUUAUGUUCUGGAAUGACAUGAACGAGCCCUCCGUAUUCAAUGGCCCCGAGGUGACAAUGCUGAAGGAUUUGGUGCACUAUGGCAAUUGGGAACACCGCGAUGUACAUAAUAUGUAUGGUCAUAUGCAUUUGAUGGGUACUUUCGAUGGCAUACUAAAUCGUGAUGCUAAUCAACGUCCAUUCAUUUUGACGCGUGCUCACUUUGCCGGCUCGCAGCGCUAUGCUCUUAUCUGGACAGGCGAUAAUAUGGCCGACUGGGGUCACUUGCAACAUUCUGUGAAGAUGUGCUUGUCCGAAGCUGUGGCCGGCUUCUCUUUCUGUGGUGCUGAUAUUGGCGGUUUCUUUGGCAAUCCCGAUACUGAGUUGUACGAACGUUGGUAUCAGACCGGUGCUUUCUUGCCCUUCUACCGUUGCCAUUCGCACAUCGACACAAAGCGGCGUGAACCGUGGCUAUUUCCCGAGGAUACGCGUUUGGUCAUACGCGAGGCAUUGCGUAAACGUUACUCCUACCUGCCACUGUGGUACACAAUGUUCUACGAGCAUGAAUUGAAUGGCGCACCAGUCAUGCGUCCGCUGCUGGCGCAUUAUCCCAAAGAUAAGGAGACGUACACUAUUGACAAUGAGUUCCUGUUGCAGGAUCGUUUGCUGGUGCGUCCAGUGAUGGAGCAGGGCGUAAGCAAAGUGAGUGUUUACUUCCCAGCCAUUGAUGACAAGAAGACGGGCGAUGUGUGGUACGAUGUGGAUACGCUGAAAAAGUAUACCAACGCUGGCUAUGAAAGCAUUGCUGUGGACAAUUAUAAAAUUCCUGUUUUCCAACGUGGCGGCACUAUUGUACCCAAAAAGGAACGCAUACGCCGCGCGGCAACACUCAUGAAGAACGACCCAUAUACUUUGGUCGUGUGUCUAGAUCGUGCGGGCAAGGCAGAGGGCACUCUUUACAUGGACGAUGAGAAGUCGUACAAGUAUCGCGAUGGCGAAUUCAAUUAUAUUCAUUUAAAGUUUGCGGAAAAUUUGUUGGAUGUGAACUUCAUUGGCAAAGCCAACUAUAAGACAUCCGCUUGGAUUGAACGCGUCGUCAUUGCUGGCCUGGAGCGUGUGCCCAAAACGGCCACGCUCAUUGUGGAUGGCAUUUCACAAGAGUUGGACAUCUUGCCAUACGGCGAAGGUGUAGCUGUGCGCAAGCCUGGCAUUUCGGUGCAGCAACUCUACAACAUUAGACUUAAUUUCUAGUUUGUUCAGCUAAUUAAAAAGAAUUUAAAUAUUACAAAAUGAGAAUUAAUAGCCACACUUUAGCCUCCGAAUUCCAUGCACCGCAACGCUGUAACCAGUAGAGUAUUAUUGGAGCAAUACAAACUCAUUUUUUCCUGUAGUUUUAAAUGCUAAUUUGUAUGUUUUUCAAAUUUUCCAGCUUUUGAAAUUUGGCGCAUUUUGCUAUGCAAAAUUGUUACGACUUUUUUUUAUAAAAAUUGAUUUUUCACUAAAUUGUGGUCAAUAAAAUUUGCAUGCGAAGUGAAUAUAGAAAAUGUA